AUUCCACUCUGGGGAGAAAGUGCUGUGCUUCGAACCUGACCCCACCAAGGCGCGAGUGCUGUACGAUGCCAAGUAAUUUUCGGUUUGCUGUGCCACGCGUGAGUAGUAUUUCCUGGUUUCAGAUCAUCGAUGUUAUUAUCGGGAAAGACGAAAAGGGCAGAAAGAUUCCAGAAUAUCUGAUACAUUUUAAUGGUUGGAACAGAAGUUGGGAUAGAUGGGCUGCUGAAGAUCAUGUGCUACAUGAUACAGAUGAAAAUCGGAGAUUACAGCGCAAAUUGGCCAAAAAAGCAAUAGCUCGCCUGAGAGGUACAGGAAAAAAGAAGAGGCGCUGUAGGUUACCUGGUGUCGACUCUGUCUUAAAAGGUGUGCCAGUUAAAGAAAAAACUAAAAAUGACGAAAACUCAGUAAGCAGCACCUGUCAUGAAAGUUGCGGAGAAAAGAAUGGAGGAAUAAAAGAACACCGUCAACGUCGUAUUAAAGUAAAGACUAAAGCGAAAAAAAAGGUAUUGUCGCUGCGUUCAAGAAAGGACAUGGAUGAAAGAACAAUCACUAUAGACAUUCCUGACGUUCUCAAGAAGCAGCUUGAGGAUGACUGUUACUAUAUCAACAGGAGGAAACGGUUAGUGAAACUUCCAUGCCAGACCAACAUCAUAACAAUUUUGGAAUCCUAUGUGAAACAUUUUGCUAUUAAUGCAGCCUUUUCGGCCAAUGAGAGGCCUCGUCACCAUCAUGCCAUGAUGCAUGCACACAUGAAUGUGCACUAUGUCCCAGCAGAAAAGAAUGUUGACCUUUGUAAGGAGAUGGUGGAUGGAUUACGAAUAACUUUUGAUUAUACUCUCCCAUUGGUUUUGCUCUAUCCAUAUGAACAAACGCAAUAUAAAAGGGUGACAUCAUCAAAAUUUUUUCUUCCUAUUAAGGAAAGUACCACGACAACUAAUAGGAGCCAGGAGGAGCUGUCUCCUAGCCCACCUUUGUUGAAUCCAUCCACACCACAGUCUACAGAGAGUCAGCCAGCUACUGGUGAACCAGCCACCCCCAAGAGGCGCAAAGCCGAGCCAGAAGCACUGCAGUCUCUCAGGCGGUCCACGCGGCACAGCACCAAUUGUGAUAGGCUGUCUGAGAGCAGCUCCUCACCUCAGCCCAAGCGCCGGCAACAGGACACAUCUGCCAGCAUGCCGAAGCUGUUUCUGCACUUGGAAAAGAAGACACCUGUACACAGCAGAUCAUCUUCCCCCAUUCCUCUGACUCCAAGUAAGGAUGGGAGUGCUGUAUUUGCUGGCUUUGAAGGGAGAAGAACCAAUGAAAUCAAUGAGGUCCUGUCUUGGAAACUUGUGCCUGACAAUUAUCCGCCAGGAGACCAGCCACCUCCCCCCUCAUACAUUUAUGGUGCACAGCAUUUGCUCCGAUUAUUUGUGAAACUUCCAGAAAUCCUUGGAAAGAUGUCCUUCUCUGAGAAGAAUCUGAAGGCUUUACUGAAGCACUUUGAUCUCUUUCUGAGGUUUUUAGCAGAAUACCAUGAUGACUUCUUCCCGGAGUCGGCUUAUGUCGCUGCCUGUGAGGCACACUACAGCACCAAGAACCCCAGGGCAAUUUAUUAAACUUUUGAUGGUUCUGAAAAAACAGCUGCACUAUGUGGCUUUAUAUUUUAGGUCCCAGGUGAAGUGUUAAUAUGAUGCUAGACCUACCCUGGGUGGGAGUACUCUGACAGAAGCAAGCUCUGUUUUUUGAGUUCUUCACAUACUAUUAUUUCUGUUAAGAAUUACUUUCUGAGCUCAGCAUGGUGGUCCAGGCCUAUGGGGAGGGGGUCGAUUUUAUUAAUUAAUUAAUUAAUUGAUGACUUUUUUAAAAAAAAGUAACAAUUACUUCCUGGGUGCCUGAACGUAUUCCAAAGUCACACUGGUACACAAGCUGUGUGUGCUAGCAGGAUAAAAACAGCCAUAGCUGUCUUCAUAGGGAUACGUUCAUGAACGUAUACUUAGGUUAAGCAUUGUUCUGGUAGACAGCGCACUUGGUUGUUUAGCAAGAACCACAUUGUUUGAUUAUUUGUUAAUGUUAAACAAAAAUGGUUUUGAAAACUAUUUUCUGUUCAACAGAUCUUAGUCGGUGCUCGGAAGCCGCAAAGCACUCUCAAAGUAUUUCUGAGGGAAUUGAUAUUGAUGGCAAAAGAGAACCAUGCACCUAUGCAUUGCUUGUAGCAGUUCCCUUUCUCAGAAACAUUAUUUUUGUUGCUCUAAAUAAAGCAUUGCCUGUCUUGUUUGAGAUUUUACAGCCAUACUCGGCUAUGUAAUGUUAAAGUUCCUUUUUCUAUGAAAUGUUAUUUUGGGUGAUCUAAAUAAAGCUUUGCCAGUUUUGUUUGAAAGAAGCAAGAGGAGUUUUGCUCUGGCCUUCCCUGUUCUUUUUUAUUGCAGGGCAGCAGUCGGGUAACCUUUUCAUUCCCAACUUUUGUUCCAUUUGUUUGCCCCUUGUAUGUUUUUAUGUUUUUGUCCUUCCCUUUUUUGGUUUGGCUUCUCUUUGCAUCAGUGAUUGUUGGUGGUUAUGAGAAGUCUCUCUCUCUCUCUCUCUCUCUCUCUCUCUCUCUCUCUCUCUCUCUUUCUCUUUCCUUCUCUAUGGUUUAGAGAGCUCUAAAGGGCUGGAAAGGAUACCGAUGCCAUGAAAGCAUUAAAUAAAGCACUUCUCUUAUGGUUUAGCUCAGUUGACUUUAAUUUCCAAAAGCUGCUGGUCAUGAACAACAGGAGCCUCAAGGACUUUUGACUAGAAAUGGUCCCGUUAAAGUGCCUUGUGCAUCACUGACUACUAAGAUUCACUACCUCCAGAUCGCCUGAAUAAGACAUCUUCCCCCUGCAUUUAUUUAGUUGCUAACACAGAUUCAGGUUUGUGGGGGGACUGAUUGGAACAGCCUUCAAGUUCUUGGUAGAUGUGAUUGUUAAUUUUAAUUGUUAAUGUCAUAGAUUUAGAAUCACUGUGGAAACACCCUUCUGGGUGUGUCUAUGAUACUGUUUCAGAAAUGUUUGAACUGAAGAGGAAAGAGCCAUCUUGCCUAUGGCCAGCACCAUCCCAUGGACUGGGGUCCCAGACCCAGCAAAAAGAAGAAAAUCAGUGAUUUCCCAGCAUUCUCCUCUUUCUGCUCCCUGACAACAUUAUCAAUGGCUUCAUGUUCCUGCUCCCAUGCUUCUCUGCCAUGAGGUACUGGACUGUCAAACUGUGAGGCAAAAUAAAUCCUUUUCUCAGGUAUUUUUUCACAGCAACCACUAAAGUAGUUCAUAACAGAACACUGAUAUUGAGAAUUGGGCUGUUGUGGCUAAGCCUGGCCAUGUGGGUCAUAGGCAUUUGGAACUGAUGUAAAGCCAAGAGUUUGGACUUAUGAGCUAGAGAAGCCUUAGAGUGCUAUAAAUAGAGUUAAGUGGGCUAUUCCAAUGGUGUUUUGGAAAACUAGAAUGCCAAGACAAAUGUGGAUAGUGGAGAUCUGGCUCACAGGGUUUUGGAGAGAAAAAGAGAUUAUUGAAAACUGAACUACAGGCCGUUUGUGUGAUAACCUUGCAAAGAAUCUGGUAUCAGUCCAUGUCAUCAGUGCCACAUCCUAGGAACUGGAGUGAGGCUAGAAUCUAAAGCAAUGGACUCAUUCACUUGGUGGAAGAAAUCUGAAGAAAGCUUAGCAUUCAGGCUGUGUAAUGUUUACUGACUACUGCUGUCAUCCAGGUAUCCAGGCACAAAGGAGGCAAAAGAAGAUAGAUGUAUCAGCUUGGCAGGGAAAGGAAAAAAAUUAAAGAUGCAGGCAAGGCAGAUGCAAAGAAAGCAGCAGUAGUUGUUAAAAGACAUUAGCAACAUUAAAGAGAAACCUUAUGCUCUGUAUUAGACAUUAGGGAAGGUUCCCUAAAGAUAAGACUUUGCCCAAUAAAUACACUGUUUUGUGAAAAUAUGAAUUCAUUUGAAAGGAAAAAGCAUAAACUGCUGAUGUUGUUUUCUGCUUCUUGAAAACAGUUACCUUAAGCCUUUGCCCAUGGUUAGCACCCAGGCCAAUAUACCUGUAGUCUAAGGGAGCCAGGUCACAGCAGAACUCUGUAGUGUCACCCCCAUGGUACUGGCAUACAAGUGUGAAAGAUGUAGGAGUGGAGGAGUCAUGGAGACUUACAUUAGAGUUCCAGAAAGCGCUGAGACCAGGGAAUGUGUAGCUUGGUUGGAGUCUCUGUAAGCUAGACCAGAGAGGCUAUUACAUGAAGAUGUAAAAGUGAAGUCUAAGUUGCAGUGUGGACCCCAGGAUGUUGGAGGUGCCAGAACCUGUGGGUCAUCGCCUGAGGAAAGCCGCAAGCAUGGAGCUGUGUCAGCCCAAGAGAGAAGCUAUGUCUACUGUAAAUGGAAACACUGGAGGGCUGGGACUCCUCAAGCCCUUGGAAACCCAUGUGAUUCCAUCAUGAGCUCCAGAUGCUGGACAUAGAGCUGCAGGAUUUGAUGUUUGCCCUGCUGGGUGUAGUUCUUUCUUUGGUCACAUCUUUUCUUGUUGUAAUUCCCACUCUUCCUGUUGGGAAUGGGAAUGUUUCUUCUUUGCCACUGUUUGUUGAAACUUUGUAAGUUGUUUUGGAUUUUAUAGAUGUUCACAAAUAAGAGAUUGCCUUGAGUCUCAGAGAAGACUUUGGACUGUUUAACACUGCUGGGACUGCUAAAGACUAUGGAGAGUUUUAGAGAGGGACUAAAUGUAUUUUGAAUUGUGAGAUAAAAAUGAGAAUUUUGGGGCCAGAGGUGGAAUGCUAUGAUGUAGUGAUGCGUUUUGGGUGUCAGGUUGGCCAGGGGUAGACUAGUGAUGCUUGGUCUUGAUUAUCAACUUGGGUGGAAUCAGAAUCACCCUGGAAACAUGCCUUUGGAUAUGUCUCUAUGAAGUUUAACUGAAGAGAGAAGACCCACCCUAAUUGUGGAUGGCACUAUUUUAUGACUUGGGUUCUUACACUGAGUGAAACGGACAAAGUGAGUGGAAAAUCAAAAUUCAUCUCCCUUUGCUUCCUAACUCUGAGUCUUGCUGGCAUGACUUCCCUCACCAUAAGGGACUGUAUCUCUUCAAACUGUAAGCCAAAAUAAAUGCUUCCUUCCUUAA